AUGGCAGGCUCCUUCUGGAAAGGUACCGAAGAGGAUCGUCUGGACGCGGGUUUUCCAGACGACGUUGAUCACAUGAUGCUGGCUUUCCAUCCAAAGACUCAUCGUCGGGGCAGCAGCUGUGCCAGCGGUUGCAAUCGCCCCUUCACUCUCAGCUACCGCACAAACUCCUCGAGCUGCGCUCUGCAUCCGUUGACAGGUGGACCCGUGUCCACCAGUUCCCGCAGUUCUCUCGAUAGCCAACGCCAACUGCCCAAGUCCAUCAAUCGUCAUAGGUCCAGUCUGCCAGAGGACCGACAGGUCACCUUUCAACAAAUCACCUCCGCCAUGAACGCACCAGCUGAAGCCUUACGAGAUUCAAUGACAUCCUCGGACUCAGUUCAUUCUCUGCCUCCCGUGCACCUGGUCAAUGCCAACGACACGCCCUCCUCCAGCUGUAAAGCAGAGACCGUCCUGAGUCGUGAAGAGGGCCAGCCGGGCACCGAUUUCAGUGAUUCCUUCUCCCUCAGUGCCUCCCACGAAUCCUCCAAAGCAUCACCGCCACAACCGCAGCCACUCAUCUCCACUGAUGAAGGCGAUUAUGAUGAUGCGCAAAUAUCCUCAGUAACAAGCGAAGCAGGGAGUACGAAUUCCAGUGUGGGAGGGGAGACUGUGGUCCAUGAUUCAGAACCCGCUCCAGAAGGGGAACUUGAACGGACCCGCCAGGCGCAAUCUGAAACAGUGCAGCGAGACGGUUCCGUGGACUCUAUGCAGGGACAGAAAGGCGGGCCUGUGGCUGACAAUGAGAUUGACAAGCGGGAUGGUCGGCUUGACGGAACCUUGCCCUCAGAUGCGCUCAAAAGUUCCCAGUUGCCAGAAUCGAGCCCCAAGGGCGUCACUGAUGGCGUCGUCGAUCAGGAGGACAGCGUUGAAGUUCAGAAGGAGGCAUCUCUGGAGGCAGCCUCAAAGGCCUCUUUAAUCUCACCUCUUUCAUCUAAGGAGGGCGAAGAAGAGUCGGAACCGCUGGCCGAUGACGCCUCACUGCAUACAGUUAUUGAGAAAAAUUCUGUCGACGGAGAAGAGGAACAACAACUGCCUGAAGACGCGGCCCAAUUCGAGGUUCAACCUGACGAUUGUCCUGACUCAAACCUUCAUUCACCUGAUGCCGAAGACAAGCAUCUGCACGAUACGACCCCGAACAUUACUGGUAAGGAAGAAAAAGCCUCUGAGGACGCAGAUCAGACAACCGUUGAAGCCCCGGUCCAAAAAGUAGCGGCAUCUGACCUUCAAUCUCCAUCUUCACCAAAGGGAGCUACAACUGUGACUGAAGAUGAAGAAGGUCAAGAGAAGGUCCCCGAUCAGGACACCGAUGAAGUUAAGGAGGCAUCUCUGGGUGAACUGUUAAAGGCCAUUGUUUCUCCAUCUAGAUCAUCUAAGGCGGGCAAAGAAGAGUCCGAACCGCUGGCUGACGACGCCUCACCGCAUAUAGCUGUUGAGAAAAAUGCCGUCGACGAAGAAGAGCAAUUGUCUGAAAAGCCAGCCCAAUCCGAGGUUCAACCGGCUCACACGGAUGAUCUGAAAACUGCCGAUCGUCCUGCCCCAAGUCUUCAUUCACCUGAUGCAGAAGACAAGCAUCUGCAC